CGGGCAACAUAACCGCCGUGACAUCAUGAGGUGCUUGUUUUGGUGUAACUGGUGGUGGGUGUUAAAAGGAAGGCGUAGAUAUUUUCCAGUAUAAUGAAUGAAAAACUAAAAGAUCCGUUUCAUAUAUCACGUAUAUGUCGCCUUUGUCUUCUGGGUGAUGGUACUGUGCCUAUAUUAAGUGAUAAUGACGCUGUAAGAGUAUCAUUAAAGCAGAAAAUCUCAAUUUGUUUGUCUUUUGAGAUGACGGAAGGUGAUGGCUUGCCCACAUUGAUAUGUGAACGGUGUUCAGAUCUUGUCGAAAAAUUCUAUGAAUUCAAAGAGUUGUGUAGAAAUUCUGAGUCUAUAUUACGAGAACAUUUAGAAACACAGAAGUUGGAAAGUAGUAAGGCACAAUGGUUGGAAGCCAACAGUGAAGAAAUUUCACCUCACAAACAACAUUUUAAUGAUAGCAGCGAUAAAGUUGUUCUUGAAAAUGCCACAGCAAUAAGAAGCAUGUCUUUAGGUAGUGAAUUAGAGACAUCUAGUGAAUGUUACAGGAAGAUUCCUGAAGCUUUGGAAGCAAAAGAAGAAACAGGGCGUGUGCUAAGCUCACUGAGGGCAGUUCCUGAAUUAACAUUAGAAUGUGCUGAACGUGAAUCAUUCAACUGUAGUAGGUGCCUUAAAACCUUUACCAAACAAAUUUCUCUCAAGCGGCAUGAAGUUACCCACACUCAGAGAGUAUUGAACACUUGUAACAGCUGUGGCAGUAGUUUCACUAGAACUGGGGAUCUCUCGCGACACAAAAAAAAUCACUGUAAACUUAAAGGACAUGUAAAGGGGCAUUGUGUAGAAGAAUUAUCAAAUAAACACCGAAAGUUUGUUUGCAGUGUGUGCUCAAAGACUUUCACAAAACAAGUGUAUCUUAAAAGACAUGAAGUUGUUCACAGUGGUGAGCGUCCCUAUGUCUGUAAUGAUUGUGGUGGAACCUUCUCCAGGACUGGGGACCUAGCCAAGCACCUCAGAAUUCAUUCAAGAAGUAACAUGAGGGAGACAUCUCCAAGUUUACUUCAUGGGUCUGCUGAUAAUAUUAAUGAUGGGGGAUCUCGGGUAUUCUUGUGUAAAGUGUGUACAAGAACUUUUACCAGGGAGUACUACCUCAAACAGCAUGAAGUGGUACAUAAUGAGACCACCACAUACCUCUGUGACCAGUGCGGAAAGUCGUUCUGUCGUCGGGGAGCACUAACACAGCACAAAGCCACUCACAGUUCAGUUAAAUCACAUUUCUGUAAUAUAUGCAAUAAAGCAUUUGCUUUUAUGGGUCGUUUGAAAGAACACAAACGAUUGCAUUCAGGCGUAAAACCAUAUUUAUGUAACAUGUGCGGAAAAGCUUUUGCUACAAAGGAAGGCUUGCUUGGUCAUGAGAGGACACAUACAGGUGAGAAGCCAUACACUUGUGCUGUUUGUAACAGGGGCUUUGCAACCUCGUCCAAUUUCCGAACGCACAUGAGACACCACACGGAGGGAAAGAGAUUCCCUUGCAAUGUGUGUAGAAUGUCAUUUUUCACCAAAUCAGGUUUAGAAAGACAUGAAAGGCUACAUACAGGUCUGAAGCCAUUUGAAUGUGAUAUUUGCAGUGUAGCAUUUUAUACUAAAAGAGAAGUAAUACGGCACAAGCUGUUUCAUCUUGGAAAUAAGAGAUUUUCAUGUGAUAAGUGCAGUAAGUCCUAUUAUGAACGCCAGCAUCUUGUAAUUCACCAGAGAACACAUACUGGAGAGAGGCCAUACUCCUGUAAUUGGUGUAAGAAGUCAUUUUUUGAAAGAUCUAAACUUAAGAGGCAUAUGCACACUCACAAACUGUAAUUUGGGUUUAAGAUAUGAGGUUUCCACAAUGACAGAUCCAUAUUGUAGUCUCCUGUGGAAAGUUACUUGUACCUUGAAGAUGGAGGCAGCAUGUUCCUUCAUAACACUUCCCUUUUUCUAGAUUGCUGGUAUCAUGUUCUUGAAGACCACAAUAAUUUAUCCUUCAUGAUAUCACCAAAUAAGAAUGAAAAUGUUGUUUAUACUGAAAUUGAAGUUAUGCUUCUGUCUUGAGAUUGUUUCCUUUCCCAUCUAGUAUGUUCCUGUGAACUUCAGAGUAGAGGACUGAAAAAUAUGUAGGGGCACACUUA